AUGCAUCAUCGUCCAAUCACAUUACUCUCUCUCCUACUUGGAGCUGCACACAGCAUUGCAGCUCGUCCGACCUUCCAAGAUGAAAGGAGCACCUCAUCAUUAAUCAGUCUGAGUGCAUCAGUUCCGGAUGAUGCAGCUCUGCCGGUCUUGCAUCCUUUUGUUUCAUUCUCUAUUGAAUUUGCGUUCUUUCCGGAUUAUGCAGGAAACCUAUCACAUCCGAAUCUCUUCUCGAAUCACCUGCUAGACAAUCUGGCCGAGUUGCAGGGCGCAAAGCCGUACAUUCGUGUUGGAGGGAAUACUCAAGACUUUGCCCUGUAUGAUCCGAACCUACAAGCAGCCACAAAUGCCACAUACAUUACCAGCAUUUCGACAGAUUACCCGAUAAUUUUUUCGUUUGGCCCCGCCUUCGUUGAGUCGUACUUCACCUGGCCGGGAACAAAGUUCAUCCACGGUUUUAACCUGGGGAAAAAUAGCUCGACAGAUAUAGAGCUCAUGCUAGAAUCCGUGCCGGUGGUGUGUAAGGCUCUGGAAGGAGGAAAACUGGCGUAUUGGGAACUGGGGAAUGAGCCGGAUUUGUACAAGACGUCCGCACAGGGCAUCAAGAGACCGGCGAACUGGACGGAACAAGACUAUGUGAAUGAGUGGUUGAACAAGACAGCGCGGAUCGAGAAGAGAUUGGUCGAGGCGUGUCCUGAGCUCGCAGACUCAAAAUACAUUGCGCCUUCAUUCGCCGGGGUCACCAACAGCUUGAAUCCCGUGGUGACGUGGGAGAAAGGCCUAGACAACAGCCGGAACAUUGCCCUCAAUUCCGAACACAACUACAUCGGUGGCGCCACUCAGCCGGGAGUAACACUGCAGAAUACGCUAAUGAACCAUACUAAGACGGUGGAAAGCGUCGCACAACAGGUCAACGUCUCACGUAUCUUGUCGAACGACAACCUGACCCCGGGCAUCCCCUAUAUCCUGGGCGAGACCAACUCUUUGUACAACCAGGGCGCGCCUGGACUGUCCAAUUCAUUCGGGGCUGCACUUUGGGGGGUAGACUUCAACCUUUACUGCGCCUCGCAGAACAUCCGCCGAACCCAUAUGCAUCAGGGAAGUAAUUACAAUUACAUCUCCUGGCAGCCAGUAGGAACGAAUCGUACAUCCAUAGGCACGAAGGCGCCGUAUUACGGCAAUGCCAUGGUGGCGGCCAUGCUCCACGGCGGAGACGAUGUCCGUAUUGUCAAUCUCCCGCUGGCCGCGGAUACGGAAGCCGCAUAUGCCGCGUACGUGAAUGACUCUCUGGUCCGAGUGGCUGUCAUCAACCUGGUGGAGUUCAACUACACCUCAACCGAUUCGAUAGCAGAGAAAGUGGAGAGCAGACCCAGCGCGAAGUAUACGUUCCAGUUGCCUUCAUCUGGAUCGGUGUACUCCGACUCGGUUUCAGUGCAGCGGCUGAUGGCGAACGGCAGCAACGCCAUCACGGGGAUCACCUGGGACGGCUGGUCUUACAAUUACGAGCUGGCACAGGGUAAGCCAGUUCGAUUGCAGAACGUAACGAUCGGAGAGGCGAUCUCGGUGGGCGACGAUGGGGUUGUGGAGAUCGAGAUCCCCUACUCCAGCGCUGCAAUCCUCAGUCUGUGAAAGGUCAUCCGGUGUGGGCCGUAGAAGCUGUAACAAUAGGGUAUGCAUGGUAGAAGAUAUCUAUCCGCGGAACUCUGGCCUCUGUAUCAUUCAUGAUGCGGCUCCCACGCGGUUAGCAUCCGUGGAA